GUCAAAUUUAGAAAUAACAUUUACUUUUUAGUUUAAAAUGACUUCAAGAUCUGGAAGAUCACUUCUUAUUGAUGCCGAACAAUCUCCAGAUGUAAACGAACGUAAACUAAAAAACAUCAUCUUUCUGCCUUUCAAUAAAAAAUGGGAACUCUUCGUCUCAAUUACGAUCCUUCUCAAUUUUAUGUUCAACAUUUUCAUCAUAACCUACGACAUCCGGGUAACAAUAAAAUGGUGGAUAUUUUAUUACGUUUGCGAGAUAAUCUUUUUUAUAAACACUUGCGCCUUGGUUCUUCAUCGAGUAUUUACAUUGGUACGAAAAACGAGACAUCAUCGGAAGAAAAAUUCAUUUUUAAUUGGAAUUUGUUUACUGACGGUUCUUCCGGUACAGGAAGGUUAUUACAUGAUUUCAGCGUUUACUUGGUCUACGGAAAAAGAACCAUCAGUGGAGAGAUUUAUUGGGUUUAAGUGUUGUUUACGAAUAAUUUAUGCUAUGGUUUAUUUUAACCAGGUUAAGAACCAAGUUGGAAAAAACGAUCUAUUUUUUGUUUUGUAUACACACAUUUUCAUUGGGAUUUGUGUAACGGCGAUUGGAACGUGUGCUUGGCAUAUAAGUUAUAAUUUUUCUGGGGAUACCUCGAGUACUUGGAGAGAUCGAUUGCAGUUUUUAUAUAUUGACCCUAAUGUAGCUAAUCAUAUGUUGGCGAUUGGGUAUCAUACCAACGUAGCCUUUUUUACUGGAUCUUCUAAUGGGGUUAUUUACGGCGAAAAUAAUUACGAAAAAAUUUUAAUAAUUAUAAUGAUGUCAAUUGGGUUUAUUUACCAACACGUUGUUUUAGCCGGAGAAUUAUUAGCGACGUUUCUUCGAAAGCAACGCCAUAAAUUUACUUUUUCAUCACAAUUAAAAAAAAUUAUUCACCUUUUAGACGAUUGGCGCGUUAAAAGGGACGUUAAACGACAAACGAUUGAUUAUUACAAAGUUUAUUGGGAGCGAAGAAGCGGAAUCGGCUCAAUGCCCUCCGCUUUUAAUUUAUUACCAUUUUCUUUAAGGAAGGAAAUCACCGUGGAUAUUUAUUGGGAGGCGUUUCGGCAUUCAAAAAUUUUCUCCGAAUUGGAUACCCCGUUUAAGAGAUCGCUUAGUUUAAAAAUGAAAAGCGAAUUUUAUUUGUCUGGUGAUUAUUUAUAUCGCGUGGGGGAACCUAAAAACAAAAUGAUUUAUAUCUUAUCUGGAACGGUUCAAAUUCUUUCCGAGGAAGAUCACGACACCCCCGUUUUAAAUCUUUGUGGUGGGACGAUUUUAGGGGAAUUAUCCUGCUUAACGAUUCAUAAAAGUCGAGUUAAUGUCCGGUGUAAUACGUAUUGUGAGAUACAAUCGUUGGAUAUUAGGUCGUUUUAUUCGGUUUUGAUGGAAUAUAGGCGACUGAAUGAGAAAUUUACGAAGGAGGAGCUAAAAAGGAUUGAUUAUGCUCGUUGGGCCUUAAGUGAUGAUGUUCCAAAAGUUGAUUAUACAAAAACAACUCUUCCAAUUAAUUUGCCGACUUUAACUAAAUUAAAGCGGCAGUGGAACUUGUUGAUGAAAAUGCACAAAAGUAAAAGACCCCAAGAACAAUUGUGGUUAAAAUUAGAUAAAAGUUUUACUUCGAAUCAUUUAGACGCUUUGGUGAUUUGUGAUACCCAAGAAUCUGAUGAGCACAAAAUUUGUAUUAAAGAUACUUGCCCGGUUAUUAUGCGGGAAGAAUCGAGUUUCCGAAAUUUUCUUGAAAACUUAGUUUUAUUGGCGGUUUUUUUCGAGUUAUUGAUUAUCCCAUAUAGCAUAUUUUUUAGGCGAGAAAUCACUUAUUUCACUUGGGUGGUAAUGGUUCCGAUUGAUUUGAUUUAUUAUUUCGACAUUUUCGUACAAUUAUCAACAACGAUUAAAGUAUCCCCGGAAGUCACUUUAACGCAAUCUAAAGAUAUCAUUUUAUAUCGAUUCAAACAAGUCGGAUUUUACAUCGAUAUCUUAGCGGGGAUCCCGCUACACGCUGGAUUUUUACUGGUUGGGAUUGAAAAAAGAACGGCUUUAAUCGCGUACUGCUUCAGGAUUUUAAAAGCUAAAAAGAUUUACGCCAAAAUUUAUAAAUUAGAAAAACAACUUUUCUUGCAUAUUCUAACAGUUAAUUCGAUUAAGUACACAACAAUGACGAUUAUUUUCACCUACAUUUUUUGUUGCAUCCUUUAUGCGAUUGCUUGUUAUUACCCGGAGUGCGUCGAAGAGAGUUGGUACAAAAUCAGUUCAACUUUAAGCGAAUUCAAAGAAAGCAUCCUUUUCGAAAUUGUUUAUUUCUUCUCAGUAUCUUUAGUUCUAAAUUAUCACGUCACCGAUUAUCUUUUAGCCACGGUGAAUGAAAUAAUAAUCCACAUCAUCAUUAUCUUAAUAGCUUACACAAUACAUAGUUUUAUGUACGCCGAAAUGACGUCAUCAGCGUGGAUGUCAUACAAAGAAGGGUUAGAACACCAAGAUGAAACAGCCAUGUUUAAAAUAAUCGUUAAAAAACGAAACGUUGGGCAAGAAUUAAAGAUGAGGUUGUUAAAUAUUUUGGAAUUCCACUGGGUUUUUAAUCAGGGUGCGGAAAUAAUUGGUGCAAAUGGAAUUUUGAAGGAAGCUUCGGAGAAAAUUCGAUCUGAUGUGAUUAGCGAUCGCAUGAUUCAUUGUUUGCAAAAAGUCCCUUUAUUUAAAAAUUGCCCAUCGACUUUACUAUCUAAAUUAGCAAUGGCUGCGGAAGUCGUCGUUUUACCCCCAGACACUUACAUCCAAAACGUCGAUGUGAUGUCCCACAACAUUUACGUGGUACUCCGAGGUUAUUGCCAAAUGAUGUCGAAACUUCCCGGAGACAAUGAGCGAAAUGCAAAAAUCAUUUUAAAACACGGCGAUAUGUUAGCUGUUAUAGAAACGUUACAUCGCGUAAGAAUGUUUGGAUUAAUCACAACUGUAACGGCCGUUGAAUUACUUUCAGUGUCUUACGAUAAUUUUGUUGAUAUUUUUCAAAGUUUUCAAACUGAAGAUUUGAUUUUGCAGAAUGCUUUGGACGGACAUAUGGAAACUUUUCAAACUAUUUUGAUGCGAAAAGGGUGUCGAUUGCCGGAAAUGAGAGCGCCCGGUGUGGCUUUGGGAAAAGUUGAAACGUUUAGUUUUAAAGUAAUCAUGGGAAAAAGGCAUAAAUCGCAUCUUAAAGAUGAAUACAUGAAACCGUUUCUUUUACUGGGAAGAUGGAAAUGGAUUAGAUUCUUUUUAAUGAAAUCAACGAUAAAUCCAAGCGGAUUAAAAUAUAAAAUUUAUGAAACGUGCCGAUGCUGCUUCAUACUUUUUGACAUCUUCACGAUAAUCUGCUCGUUAAGUAUUCUUAGUACUAACGUUACAUUGAUACAAAUUUUAGUUAGUUUUGGGCAUGUUUUUGGAUGUAUCGAUCAAUACAUUAGGAUGCAUUGUCAGUAUUAUAACCAAAAAGGAAUUUUGGUUACUCAUCCAUUACACACUCUUUAUUACUACCUUUCAACGGCAUUUAUUACCGAUUUAACCGCAAAUUUACCGCUGAAUCUGAUUCAUAUACGAGACUUUUUUCAUAACAACAAAUACGAAACCGAACUAUUAAUAAUUUUGGCGAUACGAUGUUUAUCGUUGUAUCGACCUUAUAAAGGUCUUUCGUACCUUCAACACAGAUAUUCUUGGUCCGGAUUUAUUCUACGACUCAAAAUAAUUAUGGUCAUCGUAAUAAUAAUUUCAAUCUUUUCGAUUGCUUUGAUGUCGGUUGCUUGUGAAUUUCACGAGAAUGGAAUAACUAGCUGUACGGGAGGAUCAUUUCGAAUUCAUUCGAUAUUUAAUGGUUAUACUUCACCAUCCCAAGUUUUCGUACAAACGCUUUAUAUCACUACGACAAUGUAUUGUCAAAGAACGAUUGAUUUAUUUUAUUACACCCACGAAGAUGAUAUCACCAAAUUCAUUAUUUUAUUACUGCUUUGUCAAAUUAUUAGAAUGAUUUUAUUGGCUAUUUAUACAAGUGCAGGGAUUGGUGGAAAUGUAAACUUAUCAAAUCAUCAAGCUCGAAUGAGACAAUUUCUAACAUUCGCUAAAUCGGUUGAUUUGGAUGAAAAUAUCACCGAAGAAAUGGUAAACCAUUACGAAUAUGUUUGGCGUGAAACUCUGGGUACAAACAUAACGGCUCUUUCAAAAAAGUUUAAUUUAUAUCUUCGUACUCAAUUUUUUUCUUUUCUCUACGAAGAAACGCUAAGAAGAACGAAUAUUUUCUGUAAUGCCCCGGACGCGAUUGUUCAACAUUUUCUCCCAAUGCUCGAAGAACAACAUUACAAAAAAGGUGCUGAAAUCAUCCGGUGCAACGACGUUCAAGGUAAAAUGUUUAUUGUUCAUCGGGGAGCCAUAAAUAUUACAGUGGCGAAUACGGAAAUUUGUGAGAUGGAAAUGGGUGGAAUUUUUGGUUGUUUCCAAAAAGGUGGUAUUACAAGACAAACGAUUAAUGUUACUGCAAAAAGUCAUACGAUAGUUCUUACAGUCGAUAGUGUUAAAUUUCACGAAUUAAUGUCAGAAUGGGACGAUCGAAAUAUUGAGACGUUUUUAAAACAACUUAAAGUAAUUCAUACUGAAUUUAUCGAGGUUUCCUCAAAAGUCACCCAACGUUUACUUACCCGGGAAAAAUUACAAGUUUUACCCUUCGAAGAUGUAACCAUAUACGACCCCAUCAUAGCAACUGUUAGCAAAUACAUCGAAGAGGAUUCAAAAUCUUUUCGGAUCUUCGUAUACAUCUUAAACGUCCAUAUAGCAUCAAUAUCCUCUGUAGGAUUUUUAGCUUACGCUUUUAUAGACGCGGGAAAAUCACCUCAUUUCACUUUUUAUAUCGUAUUAUAUUUGUUGGAUUUAUUAUUUUUCAUCAAAAUUUUUUUUGGAUUUCAUUUACCGUUUGUUGAUUUAAUAACUGGGUUUAAAGUGUUAAACGCGAAGAUAAUCGCGAAGAGAUACGCGAAAAAAAAUUUUGUGGUUGACAUGGCUUCUUUAUUCCCUUUCGAAAUUAUUUCUUGGAAUUUAUAUCCAAACUGGAUUAAAGUGUUUACUUUAAAUAGAACGUUAAGGAUAUUGUACCUUUAUCGUUAUUAUCAAUCGUGCAUUAAUAAAUUAACGGUUAGUGUGCAUUUAAGAUGGUCAUUUUUGGUUUAUUCUACUUUAUUCAAAUUGCAAUUUAUGCAUAGUAUUUGGGUUGUUGUCGCUUGUCUUAAUCCGAGAUGUUAUGAGACUUCUAAUGUUAUUGGGAGACCAAAUGGGACUGUUAUAGCAAGCGAUGUUACUUCAUCAACGAUUUUGGGAUACACUUACAUCAUAAAUUUAUUUACUAAGAAUGGGUUAAAGGAUUCAAUUCCAACCUCAACGUUACAACUUCUUAUAACGGCAAUUAUAGCUAUUUAUUCGCAUAUUAUUGUUGCUCAUCUCACUAGUAGUUACGCCAACAUCACUAUCAUUGAAAACAAUACUAUGGAUAGAUAUUAUUAUAAAAUUAAUCACAUAAAAUUGUAUUUAAAGGGUAGACAAUUAUCACCAGCAAUUUUUAAAAAGGUUUGGGAAUACUUUUUGGAGCUUUGGAAUUUACAACACGGUGAAUGGAUGCCCUAUUUAAUAGCUCUAGCUCCCCCGUAUUUAAAACAAGACGUAAUGUACUAUUUAUACGGCCACCAUUUAGAAAAUCAUUUCUUGUUUGCAAAAACUCAUAAAGAUUUUCUAAGACAAGUCGCCGCUUUGUUAGAAAGAAGAAUUUAUUUACCAGGAAAUGUGAUUGUUGAGAAAGGAGAUGUUGAUCACACAAUGUAUUUUUUGCAUAAUGGUGAAGUUGGUGCUUAUGAUAAACCGGGGAUGAAUGAAUUAACUUUUAUUUUAACAAGAGAAAUGGCUUUUGGGGAGGCUCAGGGAAUGUAUGGGAUUCCUUUCCCCGUUUCGUACAAAGCUUUAUCUACCACGACGAUUUUGGCCUUACAAAAACAUUCUUGGGAGUAUUUAUUGGAAUGGUUUCCUGCUUCUAAUGAGGAAAUUAUGGCUAAAGCUAACGAAUAUAAAUUAAAAAGUGGUAUUCAUUAUUACACCAAAAAAUUAUAAUUAUUAUUAA